GCGGGCGCGGGCUGCCCGUGCGGGAGCGCGGCGGCGGCGGCGCGGCUGGAGGGGGUCCCGGCCCCGCUCACCCGCUAUGGCCACGUCCCCGUGCAGCAGCAGCGGCGUCUCGUCGUCGUCCUCGUCGGGGCUGGGCGCGGACGCGGGGCUGGAGAUCCGCACGCGCUCCGUGGAGCAGACGCUGGUGCCGCUGGUGUCGCAGAUAACUACUCUUAUUAAUCAUAAGGAUAAACCAAAGCGUUCAGACAAGACUCUGCAAGCAAUCCAGCGAGUGGGCCAGGCUGUUAACCUGGCAGUUGGGAGAUUUGUUACUGUGGGUGAAGCCAUAGCCAAUGAAAACCAUGAAUUAAAGGAGGAAAUGAGUGUUGCUUGCAUCGAGGCAAGGAGAGCAGGUGAAACAAUUGCACAGCUUACAGAUGUGGCAAGCUUGGAUCAUCCAGAAUCUGAUAGCCACAUAACAAUCUUUACAGACAAAACGGGUGUGGUAAAAGCUGCAAGGUUAUUGCUUUCUUCUGUCACAAAGGUGCUGGUGCUAGCAGACAGAAUUGUUAUUAAGCAAAUUAUAACUUCCAGGAACAAGGUUCUUGCAACAAUGGAGCAACUAGAAAAAGUCAGUAGUUUUCAGGAGUUUGUACAGAUAUUCAGCCAGUUUGGAAAUGAAAUGGUGGAGUUUGCCCAUUUAACUGGAGAUCGGCAGAAUGAUUUGAAGGAUGAGAAGAAAAAGGCUAGAAUGGCAGCAUCUAGGGCUGUUCUUGAGAAGUGCACUAUGAUGCUUCUGACCGCUUCAAAGACUUGUCUGAGGCAUCCAGACUGUGAAUCUGCUCGUAUUAACAAAGAUGGAGUUUUUCAUCGGAUGAGACUAGCUUUGGAACAGGUGAUAGAAAUUGUAACUGACUCUAGACCAAAUGGAGAAAAUGAAAUGGCCCCCAUCAGCAUAUAUUCGGGCAUCAAAGAAUUCAAGAAUAAGGUUGAAGGUCUCCGUGAGAAUCUUUAUUUUCUCUCAAAAGAGAACCUUUCAACAAUGCUGGAAGUUAUCCUGGAACAUACAGAAGACUUCACAGACUCUGCCUAUACCAGUCAUGAACACAGAGAGCACAUUUUGGAGCUGUCUAAACAAGCUAAAAUGGAACUAGAGCAGCUGGUUUCAGUGUGGAUGCAAGCUCAAAACCAAAAGACAAAGGAUCUCAUGGAAGACUUGGAAGUAGCCAUUUUAAAAAUGUGCCAGUGCAUGAAUGAACUUAAAAGAGAGGUCCACAGUGCAGCAACAUCUCUGGCAGCAGAUCUUCUAAAAUACCAUACAGAUCAUACAGUUCUCAAAGCAUUAAAAAUCACAGGAGUAGAAGGAAAUCUUGAAGCUGUAGCAGAAUAUACUUGCAAGCUAUCAGAGCAGAAAGAACAGCUUGUUGAGAUGUGUCGCUUACUAAGGCAUGUUUCUGGAACUGAGCCCCUUGAGAUAACUUGCAUACAUGCAGAGGAUACCUUUCAGGUCACUGGCCCACAGAUAAUUUCUGCUGCAGAAACCCUGGCAUUACAUCCAUCUAGCAAGAUUGCAAAAGAAAAUCUUGAGGUGUUCUGCGAGGCCUGGGAGUCACAGCUUAGUGACAUGUCUCUGUUGUUAAGAGAAAUCAACGAUGUGUUUGAAGGAAGAAGAGGAGAGAAGCGUGUCUACCUAUCACUGCCCAGACCAGGGAAGCAUAAUGCAAAUCUGAAAGCAUUAAAGCCAGUCAAACUAGAUACUGAGGAACAGGCAAAAAUUGCAAAACUUGGAUUAGAAUUGCAUCUGCUAACAUCUGAUGUGGAUUGUGAGACAGAGAAAUGGGAGGAUCAGGAGAAUGAGAUUGUGCAACAUGGGCAAGGCAUGUCAAGUAUGGCCUACUCCAUGUAUUUAUUUACCAGAGGAGAAGGACUUCUGAAAACUACUCAAGAUUUAUUUCAUCAGGCAGAGAUUUUUGCCACAGAGGGCACAAAGCUCGCUUCAGCUCUUCAUGCUCUUUCUGAUCAGGUACGUGAUGAUGACAAGCCUUUGCUUCUGUUGGAGGCUGAAAAACUCAUCUCUCUGUGCAAGCAGCUCCAGGCAACAGCUAAAGCUUCUGCUCAGGGUAAAAGUGCUACAUUUACAAAGGUUGAUGCAUGCAUUCUGAAAACAAGGAAUGUGAUGACUCUGUUGUGUCAACUUCUUCCACUUUGCUGCAAAUUACUGAGAAAGAAUAAAGCGGGAAAUGGUUGUCUUAAGCCUGCUCCACCAUGGAAAGAAGACAGAAUACGAACUGGUACAAAUGCACGUAUUCCAGAAAGAAGAGUGGAGACCUUUGGCAUCAAGUCUUUGGAAAAUCACGUAACAAACAUGACAUUUUUAGAGAGCAAGUAAUCAUAGCACUGAGAAAUGCAGGAAUUCCCUUUUGAAAAUAACACUUGCUGAAGUUUCAAUACUGCUUUCAUUUGUGGAAAGUCAAGCCAGGUUUAUUUGAUAUAAAACUGUUGAUCUUUGUCACAUCUAAUAGAUGUCCCAUUACUUAGCCAUUAAAAUACAACCUAGUCUAAAUGUUCUGUAUUUUUAUAAUGUGAAUGCUUCUCUUAUGCUCACUAUUGAUACCAGUUUUGUAAUUCAUGCUUCUGAAUGUCUUAGUGGAUGUGUCAACCCAAAGAUGCUGCUAAUAGACAUUUUACAUGAAGACCCCUGUGUUGUAUGUUACACUACUGUUGAAGUCUGUAAACUCAUCUCUGGCCUAUUUCAGUCUAUGUGUUUGAUAAAGCAGAAUCAGGAAUAUAGUCUGAAAGGCUGUGGCCUGAAGCACUGAAAUGUUACCUUAGUUACAAGUUAUACCUGCAAUGAAGUAGUCCUAGGGAAAAAAAAGCCCUCUUUCAAUAGAUGCACCCCUGAAUUUUAAUCUUGACAGGAUUUAUCUCCAUAAAAAGUAUAUUUCUUAGUGAUUAAUAGUCUUGACUCAAACCCCUUUUCUUUUACCCUAUUUGUAGAUGGCAGUUGUUGCUUUCUUUUUUAUUAAAACUUACUGAGCAGAA